UUCUUGCUUUGCUGACUUGUUUUUUAGCAAUUAACAGAAGCAGUAAAAGAAACAAAAAACAAAGGAGCAGAUGUUACAUUUGGACUUUUGUUUGGUUGGCAUGCUGCAGAUGAAACAAUCUGUUUGGCAUGUUGUACACCUGAUGAUUUUCGUUACCUGCCAUUUUCCAUGAGUGCAUGUAUUGGUUCAUUCUGUUGUGCAACUUCUUCAAUAACAGAUGAAAAUGAAGUUUUCCAGAUUUGUGAAAAAGUUCUUGUGCAAAAUCAGGUAGAAGAAUCAAGUCAAGCUGUGAUGUUAGGAGUUUGGUUGGAUUCUUCCAAUCAGACCAAAAUAAUAUGUCAAAGUCGUUCUUAUUGGUUUGGAGGUAAUGCCAAUUAUGUAGAAAUAAACUUCAGUGAGAGUGAUGCAUUGCUGAAGGACUGUAUAAUAGCAAGAGCAAAGGGAUCAUUUCCUUUAAUUUUUGAGUUUUCUGACACAAAAGGUAAGCAUCGUGUGUAAAUAUAUUUGAAGUUGUUGA